AUGUCUACAGUUUUUGUAUGCUACUUAAAAGUAUUAACUCUUCUUGUGCUCUUGUGUGAAAGUUGUGCGCCUGUGGAUGUGAACCGACAACGAAAUGUAACGGAAGCGAGCAGCUGGCAGUACUUGAUUAAACAUGGCGAGUCGGCACUGAAAUUUUUAAAAAGCUACGUUAAUGUCUCCGUGACCGGAAACCUUCCUGAAUGCAUGCAGUAUCAGUGUAAAGUUUAUUGCAUGAAUACUCGUGCCGAUCAACUAAAUAACUUGCUAGUUAAUAGCACCAAUUGUUCAACCAUCCAAGAGCUGCGCCUUUUUAAUAUGGAAUUUCCGAAACAGAAAAUUUCAUUUGGAUUUCUCGGUGAAUAUUGCAAUAAGGUGCGUAGGCUCUAUAUUGGCUCUUCCAAUGUCACCGCCAUUGGUGCGGGCGCUUUUAAAAACGGCAUUUUUGAAGAGAUUCAGCUGGAAAAUCUGCAAUUGGAGGAAUUAAACAAGAAAAUUUUCAAGAAUACUAGUCACAUUUUCAAGCGACUUUCCAUCAUACAACGAAAUAAAGCAAUACAACUUAUUAGCGACGAUUUUUUGGCUCAUAUUAAAUACCAAAUAAAAAACUUCACGCUACAAGGCAACAUCGAGCAUAUAACCAAUACGACAGCAUCGAGUAGUUUGCUCAACAACUUGAGAUAUCUGGAUUUGCGUUACAAUAAUUUCACCAAUACAUUUACCGAAGAUACGUUUGAGAAAUUGUGGGUUGUUGAAUAUUUGGACUUAUCACACUCGAAUAUACAAUACCUACCCAAUUAUUUGUUUUGCAAAAUCACCAGCACACUGUUGUAUCUCAAUUUAUCCCAUAAUCAGCUGACCACAAUAAAUCAUUUGAUUUUCGGCAGACAUGCAAUUUAUGAUGAUUUAAUUAUCGAUAUGAAGUAUAACCCUUGGAAUUGUACGUGCGACUUGCUUACGGAAAUGAAUUUAAUACUGCUGUUUCAAAGUAAUCAUCCGACAUGUGACGAGCUCAUCGAGUUAGAAAUGGUAUCGGUAUUGGAUGAGCGUGUAUGUCCCAGCGGAUUGAACAUAACUGCGAAUUCGACUGCAGUAAAGGAAACUACAACACAAUAUACAAAACAAACGUCAACACUGAAACCGAUUACUACAAAAAGAGAUUACGACAUCGAGUAUAUAACGACACCAACACGAGAGAAUAUAGCAUCGCUUACAACUACGCCAACUUCAACCACAACUAGUACUGAUGGCGAUGACGACACAAUAUUGGUGCAUUGUCUGGUAACUGGUGAAACGAAUACGAUUGCUUGGCACAACGUUUGGUGGCCCGAAACACAGAUUCAUUUGACAGAACUAACGGAGUUGCGUGUUGAAGUACUUUUGGAAAUAACCGAUUUGAAGGUUUCAUAUGGUUUGAUUUGGUUUAGUAGCGUUGUAGAUGAUUACUAUAGCAUGGCAGUUAACUAUAAUAAAUAUGGCCUGGGUUGUGUAGGACCUGUUAGUUAUACAACAAUUGUAGCCAAUCUGUUGCCAAAUACCGCUUACACCUUUUGCUUGAUGCCCAACGAUAAGUUAAAGAUUUCUCCAUAUCACUGUGAUUCACUACACAUGAAUUCUAAUCUGCAAGUAGUCUAUAAUACAUGGCUGUCGAAUGACAUGCGGUUCACGGGCAUAACACUGACCAUACUUGGUGUGUUAUUUAGUUGCUUCUUGGGCAUUGCGAGCAUAUUCAUACUGCUAAAGUAUAGGCCAACACUCUUGAAAGGUAGUAAACGUGUUAAAACCACAAGCGCCAAUUCAAUAGAUAUCGUCAUCUUUCCAAAGGAGCGCUCAUUGGAGGAUUUGAAAAUCAAGGAACAAACGCUAACAAAGCGCAAUUCUCGCAGCGCCUACGAUACUACCAAUAGCAAUCAUACCUCUAACAACCAUACAAUACGUCGCGGUUCCGAUGUUAGUGCUGAGAGUAAUCAAAGUUAUAUGAAUGCCAACUUAUACGAAGUAAUACCGGCUUAUCUACGUCUACAAGAUAUCGAUUCGGAUUAUGAAAAGCAGUCCUUGGAAUUGGAGUCUAUUGACAGUUACAUGACAACCUUGGCACCCAAAUACGAAUGCACUUCGGUCAGUUAUGCAGAAGUUUCGCCACGCAACAAACGUGCAUCAAAUGAUCCACUGCCUUCAUUACCAACAGAAUGGGCGUCUAGUACAACUACUUUUGCGCUGGGACUGCCGCUGUCAAUGCCAGACAGUAUGCCCUAUAUAACUGUGUCAAAGACGAAUAAGAAUGCAGAGAGUACAGUUAUUAAUAUGUAGGAAGCUUGGAAUUGAAAUAUGCGAC